UGUUUUUAGUCAAAUGACAUGUAUAAGCAAAAUUUUAUUAAUAAAAUAAUAUAUUUAUUGUGACAAAAUUAAAAUGCAACUGAAUAAUAAAAUAAUAUAGAUCUUUUAAAACUUUUAGAUCUCGAAUAUAAUCUUUUGGAACGUACUAACUCUAUGUGAGAUCACUCGAUUUUCAGUUUUUCAGUGAGAAGUGUAUUUUGUGGAAGGUUCUUAUGAAAUAAUAGUCAUGUGGAAACUUGUUUUGAUAAAACCAUCUACUUUAUAAAGGAAAACCCGCACAAACGAUAGCGAUUUAACGAAGGAUAUUUAUUGCAUUUCAUUCCAAGUGUUUUUUCUAGAGCAAAUUCUAAGAUUAUGAAGCCUUUGGAAGAAGAUAUGUCAGUUUGUGCACCAUUGACCGUUGUGUUGCCCCCUCUGGAUGAUCAGACAAUUAACAAUGAUUAUAGUAUAGAUUUGUUAGCAGUUGUGAGUCCUGAUAUACCACCUCCAAAAGCAGACUUUUCUGCUCCACCUCCAUAUGAAGCAAAUCCUUCUUUAAUGAAAUUACCCACAUAUGAAGAUGUGCAAAGAGAGAAGUGCCUGCAUGGGGAACCAUCUGCUGAAUUAUGUGCGCAGCCGAUGACAAGUACAACUCCACUGACAUUUUUGGCAAUUGGCCCAGAGAUUGGGGAUUGUGACUCUGAACGAGCUUCUCUAUUGGGGACAGAUUUUAUGUUCUUUACUGCAUUUUUAGUGGCAUUUUUAUUCAAUUGGAUCGGAUUUCUGCUCUUGAUGUGUUUUUGCCAUACAAUAGCUUCACGCUAUGGUGCUCUAUCAGGUUUUGGUUUGUCGCUUGCAAAAUGGACUUUGAUUGUGAAGCAUUCCACAGACUUAGCUAGUCAUGAAAAUUCGUGGUUGUGGUGGUUGAUAAUGGGAUUUGGUUUACUAAUUUGCAUGAGAGCGAUUAUUCAGUAUGUUAAUAUAAAACGAGGAUGGAACCUUUUGUCAGGAACUGCUCAAGAACGUUUAUUAUUUUUUUAUUGAUUAUUAAUUGACGUGUGAUCCAGAUAGUUUAUUCUUGAAUUUUGAGUAUACAUUCCUAGGAAGAAAUGAUCAAAAGAAAAAAAUUCAUUAAUUUAAAGAUAUAUCAAAUUGACAUGCGCCUCAAAUAGCAUUCUUGGUAUAGGUACUAUUUGUUAAGCAGUACUGUUGUCCGUACAUGAA